AUGUCCCAGACUCCUUCUCUUCUGUAUCCAGCUGGGACGGAGCGCCUCAAGGACAUUGUGUCCAACUACUCUUCCCUCACCGGGAGCGACAAGUGGACGCUUCAGUCCAUCAUGCUGCUCGUGUUCCGACCGGUUCUCGUCAUGAAGAAAAACAUGAAGAGGCAGGACGUUAACGACUUGCGAGAGAUGUGGGGGACUGACGGGAAGGUUCUGGAGGUGCUACAGCAACUCGUACAAGUGGCGUCCCACCUGUCGUACGCCGUGCGUGCGCCUUCUCACAACGACCGCGAGCUAUCCCAGCUCGACCUUCUCGCGCGUGACGUGGUCGGUUUCUAUUCCAAGGUGAUGGGAAGGACAGGUUCAAGGCCUACCAUCCAUUCCAUCCUGCAUACGACAGAGGCCAUUCGAGCACACGGUGAGGAUGGUGCCAAAGUUGGAGUCCUGUAG